AUGAUCAAGCAGAUAUUUGGGAAAUUACCCAGAAAACCUUCGAAAUCAUCAUCGCACAACGACUCAAAUCCAAACGGUGAAGGUGGGGCUAAUCCGUAUCACGUCCCUAAUCCGACUACCAUCUCGAAACCUUCCUCCAAAUCGAAUUCACAUGGAGCAAACGGAACCAUUCCUCCUCCUUCCUCUAACAACAGAGCAGUCAAUCAAGUCAAUAAAGAUGGUUCCUUUCAAGUCUCUGGUGCUUACGAAGCCUUGCCAAGCUUCAGAGACGUUCCCACCUCGGAGAAACCCAAUCUCUUCGUCAAGAAACUAACCAUGUGCUGCGUCGUCUUCGACUUCACCGACCCGUCCAAGAACAUCAAAGAGAAAGAGAUAAAAAGACAGACUUUACUCGAGCUCGUCGACUACAUCGCCACCGUCUCCACAAAGUUCACCGACUCCAUGAUGCAAGAGAUUGCGAAGACGGCGGUUGUUAAUCUCUUCAGGACGUUCCCAUCAGCGAACCACGAGAGCAAAGUCCUGGAAUCUCUAGAUGUGGUUGACGACGAGGAAGCUGCGUUAGAGCCAGCUUGGCCUCAUCUCCAAGUCGUAUACGAGCUUCUCCUGAGAUUCGUAGCUUCUCCGAUGACCGACGCCAAGCUCGCGAAGCGUUACAUCGACCAUUCCUUCGUGUUAAAGCUCUUGGAUCUGUUCGACUCCGAGGAUCAGAGAGAGAGAGAGUAUCUGAAGACGAUCUUGCAUCGUAUCUACGGGAAGUUCAUGGUGCACCGACCUUUCAUCCGGAAGGCGAUCAACAACAUCUUCUACAGAUUCAUGUUCGAGACCGAGAAGCACAACGGUGUCGCUGAGCUGCUCGAGAUUCUCGGGAGUAUCAUCAACGGUUUCGCCUUGCCGUUGAAAGAAGAGCACAAGCUCUUUCUCGUCAGGGCGUUGAUUCCGCUUCACAGACCGAAAUGCGCUUCCGCUUAUCACCAGCAGCUUUCUUAUUGCAUUAUUCAGUUUGUGGAGAAAGACUUCAAGCUCUCUGAUACAGUCAUUAGAGGGAUGUUAAAGUAUUGGCCUGUGACUAACAGUUCUAAAGAAGUUAUGUUUCUUGGAGAGCUUGAGGAAGUUUUGGAAGCGACUCAAGCUGCUGAGUUUCAGCGUUGUAUGGUUCCUUUGUUCCGUCGGAUCGCUAAAUGCCUCAACAGCUCGCAUUUUCAGGUUGCUGAGAGAGCUUUGUUUCUGUGGAACAACGAUCAUGUGAGAAGCUUGAUUACUCAGAAUAUUAGAGUGAUAAUGCCGAUUGUGUUCCCGGCUAUGGAGAGGAACACGAGGGGGCAUUGGAACCAAGCGGUGCAGAGUCUGACUUUGAAUGUGAGGAAGGUGUUGGCGGAGACGGACCAGGCUCUGUUUGAUGAGUGUUUAGCCAAGUUUGAAGAAGAUGAAGCGAGUGUAGGCGAGGUUGUGGCGAAACGGGAAGCGACGUGGAAGCGUUUGGAGGAUUUGGCGGGUUCGAAAUCCGUUGCUGCGAGCAGCGAGGCGGUGCUUGUUUCGAGGUUUUCGUCUUCGGUUACUGUUGCGAGCGGGAAAGCAGCCUCUGGUAGUUGA